AUGUCAGAUGAGGAGCCUGGGACGGUGGAAGUAGGGCUGCAGAUCACGGACUUGCUGGCCCGCGAGCCCAAGCUUUUGUCUAGCGCGUUGGCGUUGGCAGCGGAGAUCCCAUCGUUGUCUGACAAGAACGCUCCUCCCUUCGAGUCUAUGUCCAUCCCGCUGCUGAAGAAGACUGUCGGCCCGGUGAGCAAGGCCAUCGGGAUCAUGUGGCAGCGGAUUACAAACCCGCGCGACGAGGAUGUCCAGAAUCUCCGAGCGGCCUCCUCCAUCAGCGAGGCCGCAGACAUCAUGCUGACCUUGAUCACGGACGCCGUCUGGGCUACUUUCAACCCGAGUGUCAUCGAGCUUGGCACGUACUGCUACGCAACAGUCAAGGGCGACAGUGACCAGAGGGACCAGAAGCAGCCUCCGGAGGAAAAGUCAAAACAGUUCACGUGGGCCACUAUCAACACGAAGAUCAAGACGCUUGACCAGGUCUGGCCCAGCAUUUCGAAGCUCGAGGAGUUCCUGAAGAUGUGGGCCGUCUGCGUGAAACUUCUGUUUGGGGAGUUGCUUGAAUCCUUCGACGAAUUGAAGAUCGAUCAGAAGGUGAGCGCUGACAUCCGCAAGAGCAUUCCCUUGGUGAACGCCUUCGCCACUCGCUGCCCCGAAGCCGUGUCGGCCAUCGACUGCAACAAGAUCCAGAAGAAGGAGUGGACGGUUGCGUGGAAGAACAUCUUCAUGAACGCCCAGAACUUGACGUCUGAGGAGUUCGCAGGAGAUAAGGACGACAAGUUUUACAAGGAUCUCGAAGUCACCAUGAAGAGCAAGGUUUCCAAGUAUCCCAAGGCAUUCCUGGAGACCGAUUUCAAGAAGAAGCUGUCUAGCCACAUCAUCAUCGAGAAGGACCUGGCAAAUAAGGAGAAGCAUGAGGCCAUGAUCAAGCAUCUCGCCGCAUACGAAGUCAACGAGGUUCGCAAGAAGACGGACGCAAUUGAGAAGAUGUGGAAGGAUACCAUCUCAGCGGUGAUGAUACAGGAGUCUGGGGGGCACGACGGAAUCCUCGCUGAAGAAGUUGCGUCACAAGUCGAUGAGGCAAUGGAGGCCGUGACUACGAACGCCAGCGAUGAGAAGACACUGGUGCAGUUCCCUACCUACGGCACGUCCGAAACAAGUGCAAGUCUGAAGGCAACAGUCUGGAACCCUACCGUCUAUUCGCACGUGACAACGGCCGCUGCCUUUGACGAGUGGUCCUCCGGGCGCAUGAACGACACUGGCGAAGGCGACCUGGCGAUCAAGCUUAGGAACGGAACGGCAUCUAGGCUCUACGCUAACAUUCAGAACGCCAUCGGCCAUGAUCUCAAAUUCCAUCUUCCUGGCAGGUUCAGCACAUCUACCGUCGGUUCACUGGGCUACAAGGCCGAGGCCAAACUGCUGACUGAAAAGUCCUCCGAGAACUCUGGAAGUGCCCGCGUGCAGCCAGGAGAUGAGAAGUACGAGAUCCCAACUAUGAUCGAAGGGCCCCCUGCCGAGGUAAAUGUCAUUAGCAGUGACGAGAAAACCAAGUUCCAGGUAUUUGUGAAGAGCUUGGUUCCGAAUCCUACCUACCUCCAGAUCGCAUUGAAUGACGAGGAGCAGAAGAGGCUGGAACGCGAGAUUAUGGACAAAAGUAAGUCA